GGGGUCGAAGACCCGUUUGUUUAAAAUGCUGGACAAGACGCAUAGUAUUGUAUUUCUAAUCAAAAACAGCUGGAGAAAACAUGAUGCCGAGGAGUGUCCUAUCCAGGUGCGCGCGCUUGACGCAGCAGGUGCCUUUGGAAAGCGCGCGGUCCACCAAACACGGCGUCCACCGCGGGAUGUCCUCUGUGACCAUCCCGCCACCAGCGUGCAUGCUCCGGCCGCUCGAGGCUCCGUAUCGGUACCUGUUUGGACCAGGACCAUCCAAUGUGCCGCCUCGCAUUUUAGCGGCAGGAGGGAGACCUAUAAUAGGUCACAUGCACUCGGAAAUGUUCGGGAUAAUGAAUGAUAUCAAGAAGGGAAUUCAGUACGCUUUUCAGACCAGUAACAACAUGACACUGGCCAUGAGUGGCUCUGGACACACAGCGAUGGAGUGUGCAGUCUUUAACAUUGUGGAGCCUGGAGAAAGUGUUCUUGUUGCCAUCAAUGGAAUCUGGGGAGAACGGGUCGCAGAAAUUGCUGAGCGGAUGGGUGCGAAGGUUCACACCUUGUUUAAAACACCUGGAGGACAUUUUACAAAUGCAGAAAUUGAACAGGUUCUGGCUAAACAUAAGCCAGUUCUUUUCUUUCUCACACAUGGAGAGUCAUCAGCUGGUCUGGUGCAUCCAGUGGAUGGCGUUGGUGAUAUUUGCCACAAACACAAUUGUUUGCUCUUAGUGGAUUCAGUGGCCUCUUUGGGAGCUGCACCGCUUUUAAUGGACCAACAAAAUAUUGAUAUUCUGUAUACUGGUUCCCAAAAAGCUUUGAAUGCUCCACCUGGCACAGCACCAAUUUCAUUCAGUGAAAGAGCAUGCCACAAGAUGUUUAACAGGAAAACAAAGCCAGUGUCCUACCUCCUUGAUAUGACCCACUUAUCCAAUUACUGGGGAAAUGAUGGCAAGCCAGUAAGAAUAUACCAUCACACAGGACCUGUGUCUGGGUUCUUUGCUUUGAGGGAAAGUCUAGCCAUCCUUGCUGAAAUGGGUCUUGAAAACUCAUGGAGUCAUCAUACAGAAGUUGCAGAGUAUCUCUGGAAAGGUUUGGAAGACCUGGGCUUGAAGCUGUUCAUCAAAGAUAAGGAUCUGAGAUUACCCUCUGUCACCACCAUUGCAAUCCCGGAAGGGUAUGACUGGAAGGAAUUGCUGGCUUACAUCAUGAAGCAUCAUCAAAUCGAGUUUACAGGAGGACUAGGGCCCUCUGUUGGCAUGGUAUUGCGGAUUGGGCUCAUGGGAUACAACUGCAACAAGGCCAAUGCUGCGAUGGCUCUAGCAGCUCUGGAAGACGCUUUAAAGCAGUGUCGAAAAUCCAAAGCCUAAAGACUUGACUGCUGACCUAUAUUUUUUUGCAGUUUCAUAUGGUGAUGCUUGUAGAGUUAUUAUAUUAUGUUUCAUAACGGUUGGUAUAAUGAGGAAGAAUUUGAGCUGAUUAGAAAUCGUACAUUGUGUCUCCUAUUGAACAAAACCAGAUGUUAUCAAUGUGUUUCUCAAUGUCCCUUUUAAAGUUUCGACAAGCAUCACUCCAGCACUUAAAUUACCUUUAUAAAAAUAAAUAUAAUUUCAUCAUUUGGGCUUACAAUGUGAAUUCAGUUACACAGUAGUACACAGGAUGUUCAAACCAUUGUUAUUUAUUCUCUUUUGGGGAAUUAUUUUGACUAUGAGAAACAUGAAGCCAAAACAAAGUUUAGCAGCAUUUAACAAAUUUGAAUUGGUACUAAAAUAAAAAUAGUGCUUUGGCAUUUCCAAACAAAGCAAAACUCAAAGCAUCUGAAACUCAAAAGAACAUUUCAGACAUUUACAUUAACAAGAACCAAAUUCAAUAAGCUUGGAAAAUGAAACAUAUUACAAAAUCAUCUUUGAAUAUGUAAAACUCAUACAAUGCCAGAAUCAUUUCAGCUUUUCUAAACAUAAACCAGCUAGGUAUUGCAACUGUUUCAUCAUUCUCCCCCAAAGUCCCUUUUCACUUUGGCUGCUGGGAAUAUAGUAACUAAUUGCACCAAAAAGUGCCACACCAAGGUCAUUUUGACCUUCCCCUCCGCUUCCUCAUAAAGGACAAUGAACUGCUCACCUUCAUACUCCAAGUCCAGCACUCUUUGUCUACUGUAGAAGGGAUGCUGAGCUUCAUCCAGCACCAUCAGUCAUCAUACAGCAACCCUGGAGAUGUGGAGCUUGUAAACAUUGAUGUUUUUAUCAUUUCUUGAAGCAAGUUUAGGAAAUGCAUGUAGUUGUGGACCUUUUUUUACAUACACUUUGCAGUAUCUCCAAAAUGUUCAUUUUUUGACCAAAAUAAAAGGGAUCAUACCAA